AUGACUGGUGAUUCGGAGAAGGCACAGCGGUAUAUCUCUGCCCUGGAUACGGCACGAUGCCAGGACAAGUGGGAUGAAGUCCCUGAAUUGAUCCGAAAAGUGACUAAACAUGCACCUCACAAGACAUAUUACCUAGAGGUUGCCAGGGCCGAAUCCAAGAUUGCUGCGUAUGACAAAGAACGACCGCCGACCGCCCAAGCGUGUUCGUCCAAUUUACACGAAUUAGUACCCUCGCUCUUGUCGAUUGUUGAGAAACCGGAUGCAUCACCGCAGGAGAUACUCCAAACACAAGCUUGUCUGGGAUGGAUUCAUUAUACACUCAAUGAAGUGGGGAUAGCAGCAUCUCGUUUGCCAGACGACUUUGGAGAGACGGCGAACGACAUCUCGAGUGAUGACCAAGAGCCUUCCGCAUGGACACGAGUAUGUCUCGUCAAGGGGUGCUACUUUAAGAGUGCUGGGCUCGCGGAUUCGAAGCCCAAUGAUGCUCUGGAAGCAAUAAGCUCGCUUACGCCGUGGCUGAGUAGCCAUAGUCAGACAUUUUCGAGCACCCCUCAGUUCUCAUAUUGGACCGAGAAGCUUCUAGGGAAGGGUGCACAGCUAACCGGUGAUCAAAUAUGCGCUAAUACUGUUAUUGUCGACGAUAAGCUGAUGGGAACCGCAUUGACUUCAUUUCGAUUAUGGUCUGCGCACCCCGCCGCAAAACAAUCAUCCUCUUCCAAAGGGCUGAAGCUCGCUACCUGGAAAUCAUAUUACGACGUCUUGACAGCCAUUAUACAACAUGGCCUACCAUAUGUACCUGCGACGAGCGAGCCCGAACGUCCCCAGCUUGCUAGCGAAUUGCGCCGUGUAGAAUCGGUCUAUGAAGCCAAUCUUUUGCAAAGUGUCAUGUUUCCCACGGCAAAUUGCACAAAUUCGCAAGUCGAAAAGUGGGUUGAGCAAGUAAUUGCAAAUUGGGAAGUACUUUGUGGGGGACACUGGCGAGAUGAAGAUCUCGGGGAAGGAGGCCAAAGCGCUGUGUCACGAAAUGUUCUUGAUAUUUUAUACCGUGCUGCUACUAAGACGUACCACUCCCACUUGAUUCUUCGGCGCCUGUUCCACGUCCACUCUGCAGUGGCGGAAUUUGAUCUCGCACUUAAAGCUCUCGACUCGUAUCUAGAGAUUGUCAUUGGUGCCAAAGAGCGCGCGGAAAAAGCAGCAGAAUCCGGUGAACUCGAGGACGACGGCACGUUAUUGAGAACCCUCUCUGAAGGAAUUAGCAUGCUGUGCUGCUUUGGCUCAAAGAAAGAAGCAGAGAAAGCGAGGGAUUUGGUUACGCUCAUUCAGAAAGUGGUUGAUAAGCAUGCCCAGGGAAACUCCAGUGUUCAGCAGAAUGAUCAGCAGCCUGAUUCCCAACCAACCAGCCCGCCAUAUUCCGGGGACAUUCCUCCCGCGGUUUUUGCAAUGGCAUACAGGGCUGUCGGUAUCGGACUUGCGAACUGGGCAAACUGGACGCCAGUGAACGAGGCUCGGGAUGACAUUCGAGCCGAAGCCAUUGAAUAUUUGGAAAAGAGCAUUGCUCCAGAACUGGAAGAUGAGUUGAAUUACUCAUCGCUAUACACUCUUGCCCUUGUACUGGCGGAAGAUCGUGACCUGGAUGGUGCAAUUGACUACGUCAAAUCAGCACUGACAUCCAACACUCAUCCCACGAACCAGGCAGAUCUUGCAAGGGAACGGGACUUAGUGUCCUUAUGGCAUCUACUCGCGCUUCUGCUGAGUGCAAAGCAUGACUUUGCUAUGGCUGAGCGUUCGUGCGAAACCGCAUUUGAGCAGUUUCCAGCUGCUGUUUCAUCGCACGGCAAACGCUCGCAUAAACAGCAACUGGACACUCAAUUAGAUGCAUCAGGCCUUAAGCAUGCUCUGGUUGAUCAGUUCCGAGGCCGGGAGAAAGAGCGUAUUAUUGAGACGCGCGUGACGCAACUUGCAUUCGUUGAGAUCAUGGAGGGUCCAGAGGCUGCUGUUAACCAUAGCCAUCAGCUUCUCAGUCUUUUCGCUACUUUAUUCCAAAAUCUCGAAUUGGAGGGUGAAGACAACAGCAAGAAUACGAAGAUCGACCAGACAGAUCAUCUUGUUCCACCGAAAAGCUCCGCUGGAACCGUGAAGACUUUCCGCGGUAGUAUUUUUUCACGGCACAGGGCAUCUCGUCUGCCAGAGCGGAGGGUGGAGUCUGGGGUUGACCACAACACAAACGGUGCAAGAGAGCAGCCCCCUAGCGCUGAAGGAGCACCCUCCAUUCAAAUCACCGACGAGGAUACACAUUCCCCUGGUUCUAGUGGACAGGGAGUAGGAAAAUCGGAUUCGGUAAAGCAGAGAUUCAGAAGGCGUGCCAGUAGCGUUAAAAAGCCUGACAACCUACCAAAACAUGAUUACAUGGCAAAUGGAGAGGGGAUACCAGAAGCACCUGAUACCGGGACAGCACAACCCACCGAGGAAGGGGCCAAUAACCAGCACACAGUUGGAAUUGCAGUGUCUGAAGCCGUUCCGACGUCUGAUCAGAGCGCCAAGCAGCCUCUCUGGCCUAUCGCUCACAACAUGAAGCACACGGACCAGCCUUACCCAACUGGGCAUCCGAAACAGCCGCCUGAGCAAGACGUUCGACUGCCGACCUCUUACAGAUUCGACUCACCCACGAAUGCAGUGACUAGAUUCCCCAUUUCUCAAGCCCAGAAACACGCAAUCGGGAUCCUUGUCAAGAUCUGGCUCCUCAUUGCUGGACUCUAUCGACGAGCAUCGCUAUUCGACGACGCACAGGAGGCAUGCGAAGAGGCUUCUAAGCAACUCAAUCGCAUCGAGGCACUUGUUGCAGCACAGAAUGCAUCCGCCAAAUCCUUCAGCAGCCGCGGCUGGGGUGUGACAAGGAGUUCCGAAGAGCUCUGGGCCGACCUCCAAGCCGAACAAGGAUACCUUUCAAUAGCUCAAUCACGGCCUCAUGAAGCAUUGGAGCAGUUUGAGACAGCAUUGAUGCGUGACCCUGAUCACCCUAGAGCCACCAUCGGGUUGGCAAGGCUGCUCCUUGACAUCUGGGAUCAGAAAAUGCCUGCAGAGACCCCCCAGUCCGAAGUGACACAUGACGCCUCGACACUCUCCUUGUUACCGUCGUCAAAGCAGAAACAGCAAAGCGACUCUGCUCGUUUACUGAAUGUCACUGAGCCACACAAACCUCAAGAUAUCAAAUCGGCUUCGCUUUCUCCAGAUGAAGAGCCCAGGUUCCUCAACCGUCUCGCCGCUCGCGACCGCGCCUAUGGUCUCUUGUCGGCUUUGACCAAGCGCGGCAGUUCCUGGGAUAAUUCUGAAGCUUGGUAUGCUCUAUCCAGAGCCUAUGAAGCGGGGGGGCAGAUCGACAAGCUGAAGGAGGUUCUGUGGUGGUGUAUUGAACUCGAAGACACACGGCCGAUCCGGCACUGGUCGAACAUUGGCUCUGGUCUGUAUGUUCUUUAG